AGAGCUGCCCGAUUGCAGUGGCUUCUCUUUGCUGGCCAGACCCAGAAGAAAGCGGGGACAAAACGGAGCAGGGGGAACUUGCAGGGGGCCACUUAACAACAUACAAUACAGCUUGCUCACUAUUCUCCGUCGCUCGAGAGACGUCUGUGAUCUAAUUUGACCAACAUAACUUCAUCUUCGAACUAAUUCACAACCAUGUCCUGGCAAGGCUACGUGGACAACCUGAUGGCUGAUGGCAGCUGCCAGGACUCGGCCAUUGUUGGCUACACGGACGCCAAAUACGUGUGGGCAUCGCAUCCCGGCGGUACCUUUGCCAACAUAACGAGUGAAGAAAUCGACGUGUUAAUAGGAAAGGACCGGGAGGGAUUCUUCACCACCGGGCUGACCUUAGGCAAUAAGAAGUGCUCCGUCAUCAGAGACAGCCUCCAAGUUGACGGUGACUGGACAAUGGACAUCCGGACAAAGAGUCAAGGAGGAGAGCCAACAUACAAUGUUUCUGUAGGCAGAGCCGGUAAAGCAUUGGUUUUAGUCAUGGGGAAGGAAGGUGUCCAUGGAGGGCAGCUCAACAAGAAAGCGUUUCAAAUGGCUGAGUACCUGAGGAAGUCUGGAUACUAAAGCAGCCCAGCCACCUAGCAGCUCACCCUUACCACCCUGUUGCGUUUCACACUACUUCCACCUCUAGUUGGUAGUUGCUUAUGUUUUUGUUUAUUGUAUAUUUUUUCUUUUUCUGCCCCCCACCCCCCUCCCCAUUCUUUUUGUUCCCCCUUUUUGUGUCCUCUUCCCUUUCCCUUUCCCCGCCAUCCCUCCUCCCCUUUUUGGUUCCUAGUAAUUUUGACGUAUUCACGCUGUGUUCUCUUACCCCCCUCCCCAAAUUCUAGCACUGUCUUUGCACCAUAGCUAAGAUGAGCAUGUUGUUGUAACAGGACAUCAUGUCAAAUCUGUACUUUAACGGAGACCAGCAACAUUCUGGCCAAACGCUCAGCGAAAAAUGCUAACAUUUCAAAGUGGAAGAAUUCUUAAACAAUCUGAAGUAGAUUUAUUAUUUUUUGUUUGUUUGUUUCUGUGACGGUGCCCGGUAGUUCAGCCCCACCCCUCACCCCUCACCUCAACCCCGAGCAGCCAAUGCCUUUGGAGCACUUGAGCGGUAACCAAGCUCAUCAUGUCUUCCUUUUUCAUCAUGACUGGGAGGGGAGACUGCAUGCCUAUCUUAGAGCCUACUGCACCCCUACCAACCCCCUGCCCCAUUUACUCCUGCCAAAAUUGUCAGUUCCUCCCCCCUCCCUGCUUCCCAUCCUGUUUGCUCACACUCCAUAAGUGCACAGGAGACUGUCUCGUCAUUAAUCAACCACUAAAGUCCCACUAUGUCCUCUUCUAACUCCCCUCUCUCCCUUCACACUCAGUUUUCUAUAGUGAAUAAAUUCAGUGGGGUGGGGUGUGUGUGCUCGGAUCAGCUCGGUUAUUGAUGACAAGAGCCGGCGUCGCCCAGAUGCAGGCAGCCUCUCCUCCCAGCACGCCCUCACCACGACCUCCCCGGCUACAUGAAACCCAUGGACAUUCCAUCGUAACAACGGCUCAGGCACCUAACACUAUUGUUUGCCAGCUCCUGUAAUAUAUUUUUAUUUUUUUGGUUUCUUUUCUUUUUUUUUUCUUUGAAAGGCUGCCAUUUUUGGACAGUAGAUAUCCCAGCAUAUAACCAUCUGGAGUGUGUCCAGUUUGAAUUUUUUUUUUCAUAGGACCAAUUUUAGACACAGCUCGGGUGUUUAUACAAUUGCUCUAAAUCAUUAUGAAGGAUGACUGCUAACUUGUUUGUUGUGCUGAAGGCUACACACUAACCAGAAAACUACAACUGAAACAACACUAAGGGGAAGGGGGAGGGGCGAGGGUUGUCUAUGAAGGAAAUUUGAAGUCUCAGUUAUUUUCUUUUAUUGCAAAGGAAAAAUGAAAUGAAUUACUGCAUUUGUACAAACUCAUGCUGUGUGACAAAUACAAAACUGUGGAAUAAAUUGCCUUGUACUCUCUAGUCAUCAACUGAGUUGUGGUAUCAAACGGUCUGUCCAUGCUCGGUACUAACUGUAAUGUCCAAGACUUUCAAAAAGAACAAGUAGAAAUGACACUCAAUUUAACGGGAGAUGGGAUUGGUUGGAAUAAGGACACUUUUGGUUGUUUUGUUGAAACUUUAACUACAGAACCUGUGUAUCCUGUGCCAUAAUGUAGAGAGAUCUGUUGCUGUUGUCAGAUGGAUUUACCCGCUGUCCACUAAAGUAAUUUCAUUGGCACUUUUUUUUUCUUAGUUCUUAGCAUCAGCUCCACUGUUCAGGCCUUGUGGGAUGUGUUCAUAAAAAUCCUGUUUGCUGAUUUCUUUUCAUUUCUUUACCCCACCAGUUUUUUCUUACAUCUGGGAUACAGUCUCUUUAACGCAUCUGAUUUCAUAUGCAUAAAACCAAGAAAUGCCAUAAAUUGAUUUAUCACCUUGUUUACAGACAGAUCAAAUAAAUUUAUUCCAACCAGA